GUUAGGUAAUUGUAUGGUAAUUGUAUCAGUAAAAAAUUAAAAUUGGGACAUAAUUAAUAAAACUUAAACAAACUACUAAUUGUGCCAGUUAAUUGAUACAAUUUAAGCAAAAUUCAGUAAAUUAUCUUUAUUUCUAACUAAAAAUAACCUCAAUCAUUCUCAUUCUCAUUCGACAUUCAUCAUCAACCAGCUUUGUUUCUUCCUCAUCAACAACUCCACGACGGCUAGGGUUCGUGAGCUUUCUUCGUUCUUCCUCAUCAACAACCCCUCCUCUGUAGCUUUCUUCUUUCUUCUUCAUCAACAGGUUCGUUGUAGCUUUCACCUUCUCAUUACUCCAUCUGAAGCAUCCCUCCUCGAAGCACCCCUCCUCUGUAGCUUUCUGAAUGAUGUUGUAGAGUUAGUAGCUUUCAGCUUCUAAUGAACGUGUUCUAUGGUGGUUUCCUAUGCAGUAGUGUGAGCUCGGUUUGGUUCGCCGGUGGUGACGGGUUGGUUUUGCGGUGGAAUCGGGUUGGUUCGCCGGUGGGAACGGGUUUCGUUCUCUGUUCGCGUUAGUUGGUGGGAACGGGUUCGCCGGUGGGAAAGGGUGGGUUCGCUGGUUGUUGAACAUGUCUUCCCAUACCCAGGAGUCUAGGUCGAACACUCGGAUUGAUGAAGCAGCACUUGAUUCAUCUGCACUUCAGGGUCCUCAGCAUGUUGUUAGAUUAAUGGUUGAAGGAGGGGAAGUUGAUGUACAUGUCUCUGUUGAUGAGGAACAAGGGGCUGAUGAAGAACAGGAAAUUGGAGAUGAACAAGGGACUGAUUCUGAUGAAGAAGAAGGUGAAAAAGAGGCUGAUGAAGAACAGGAAAGUGGAGAUGAACAAGGGACUGAUUCUGAUGAAGAAGAAGGUGAAAAGGAGGCUGAAAAUGGGCAAAAUGAACAAAAUGUUGAUGUGGAGCCUCCAAGUGAGAUUGCUAUCAAUGGUCUAGAAGAUUUGGGGAUUGUAAAUUUCAAACAACUAUCUGUCAAUGACAUAGUUACCUAUCACUUUCCGGAUCGUGAGGUUGCGUACUUGUUCUACAGUUGGUAUGCUCGGAUGCAUGGAUUUGCUGCGAGGAAGGCUAAGGUCCUCAAAAACAAUCACGGAGAUGUAAUCCAGCAGAGAUUUGUUUGCUUCAGGGAGGGUAAAAGGAAAGAGAAAGCUGAGCCAGAGGUUGAUGGUCAUGCUGGUGAAAAGAGAAAGCGUUUUCCGAGAAAGUCCACAAGAUGUGAGUGUAAGGCUUAUUGUCAGGUCCAUGUUCAUAAGGAUAACAAGCGUUGGCAUGUUAGAUCUGUUUGUGAUGAUCAUAAUCAUGUACUUGUUGAAGAAAAAAUGAUUGGAUUGGCACCUACUCAUAGGAGAAUGAAUGAGGCAGACAUUACUCAAUUGAAUUGCUUUAGGAAGUCAGGCAUUACAACUCCACAGGCUUAUGGUGUGUUUACCAACCAGAUGGGUGGAUAUCAAAAUGUUCCAUUUGGACCAAGACAAAUGUACAAUGAGAAAUUUAAAAAGAAGAAGGUGGACGUAUGUGAUGCUAGAGGAGUGAUUGGUUUCUUACGAAAUUUGAAGGAAAAGGAUCCUGACUUGAUGUGGAAACACACCUCUAAUGAGGAAGGAAGGUUGGACAAGUUAUUUUGGAGUGAUGGAAUCAGCCGGGACAACUAUUUAUUGUUUGGGGAUGUGUUGGCAUUUGAUGCCACAUACAAGAAAAACAAGUACAAGCAGCCACUUGUGCUUUUCUCUGGAGCUAAUCAUCACAAUCAGACAAUUAUAUUUGCUGCAACUUUAGUUUCUGAUGAGAAAGAGGAGACAUAUGUUUGUUUGCUUCACAAUUUGUUAGAUGCAAUGCGAGGGAAAGCACCGGUAUCAGUAAUCACAAAUGGAGAUGUGGCAAUGAAAAAUGCAAUUAAAAUUGUGUUUCCAAAUGCUCAUCACAGGUUAUGUGUGAUGACCCUAUUUUAGUAGUGUUUUUAGGGUCAUUUCUUUGGUUGUUUUGAGUCUUUUUGUUGAGUAUCAUGUAGUGUUUCAUGCAUUCUCAUACAUUUUUAUUCUUUUCUUUAGUUUUUAUUUCGUUUUGGUAAUUUGGUAGUUUUAUAGGUAGUUUUCUUGCAUUUUAAGUAAAGUUUAGGACUUGCAUGGUUUUGUUGUGUUUUAUGAGGGACUUCUUGUGCUAAUGAGCUCUUGGAGCUUCUAGAAUCUUCCUUGUCUUGUUGGUUAGGGUUGGAGUGCAGAAACUGAAGGAGAAGGAAGGCCAAGAAGCAUGGAAUUGAUGAAGAACAUAAAGAGAAUUGAAAAGAGGAGUUUCAGAAGCCAAAAAGUCAUUUUCAGGCGAGCUAGAGCGCCUAGGCGUUGGGAAUGGGCGCCUAGGCGCCAAUAGGGUCAGAGAGCAUGUUUUUCAACAUGCAAUUGGCGCUCAGGCGCUCUGAAUUGGCGCCUGAGCGCCCAGUUUCGUUCAUUUUGCCUAUAAAUAAGGCUUAGGCAUAUUUCUUUGAUACAUUUUGUCAUUUCACUCAUUUUUGAUCAAGUUUUGAGAGCUGAGGAGAACUUUGGGACCAAGGGAGGUUUCCAACUUGUAUUUCUUCUCAGGUUUUCUUUACAUUUCCUUUAUGAAUUCACUAGCCAUGAGUGGCUAGUUCCUUUUUUGCUUUGGGUUAAGAGAUUCUAUGAAAUUUUAGUUUGUUAAAUCCUAUCUCUAUGCAUGAGUCUUGAUUCAAUCUUGU